CAGUAGGACAGUGCUAUUAUUGUCAAAUGCAUCGGCUCGUCCCCAAUGUUCAUGGAGCUCUUCUUCGCUUUCUCAGAAAUCAAUUCAAAAUUCCCACUCCUUUCUCCUCUAUUUCGCCUUUUCACUCUUCUGAUGAAGCCGUCGGUUUUUAUCCAAAACUGGAUUUCAUAUUCAAAGAGGUUGAAGAGAUUCAAUCACUAAAGCCCACAACAGAAACGAAAGGGGACACUCGGAGUAAACAAGAGAGUUCCGAACUUCCACAGAUUGAAAGCAAGGUCCAGAUUUCACACCCAUGGCCAGAAUGGAUGGAUCUCAUGGAACGCCUCUUAAAGACGGGCUACUUCAGAGACAAGGAAGACCCUUUUGAGCGUGGCGAAAUGGGUAUCGAGAAUUCGAAUAAAAUCCGAACUGCGUGCCUUAACUUUGCCCGUGAUCGACUUGAUCUCAUAAAUCUCCUUGUCAUCAAGACCUUCAAUAGUUAUCAUGUUUCAUUUGCCUUUUCUGGCAGGUACUUAUCUAGGAAGGACAUCCGGGUGGUUGUGGGAUCUGGUUGCCCAAGCAUAGACAGGAAAGUGGUCAACUCUGGAAAGCGUUUAAGAUCACUAGUGGGUGUCGAUGAAGGAAAUGUUUGCAGCUCCUGCACCUUGAGGGGAAGCUGUGAGAGGGCAUAUGUGAAAGCCCGAGAGAAUGAACGUGGUCGGACUGUUGAUGUCAUGCGCAUCUUAAUAACCUAUGGUCUUGAUCCUGUUACUGGUUCAGUGGAGAACAAGUCAUGCCUAAACAAAAGGAUUAAAGAGUCAGUUAGGAAGCUGCUGACUGAAAUGGUGGAGCUUAGCAUCAGCCUGGAAUCUGAUCCUGUUAAGGGCACCUCCUCCCUGAUACUGGAACACUCAAGUCAGCAACAAAAAGGCCAAAUUAAUGUUCCAAUGAAGCAGGGCGAUUGGGUUUGCCCAAAAUGCAAUUUCCUGAACUUUGCCAAAAACAUAAAGUGUUUGCGGUGUGAUGGGCUAUUCCAAGAAAAACUAAUGAAACUCAGAGAGGAUCUGGAUCAUCUUCCGAUGAAGAAAGGGGACUGGUUAUGUGACAAAUGUAACUUCUUAAACUUUGCCAAAAAUACAAAGUGUUUACAAUGUAAAGAGAAGCCUACAAAUCGACAGCUCAAUCCAGGGGAGUGGGAAUGCGAGUCAUGCAAUUAUGUCAAUUUUAAAAAGAACAUGGCAUGCUUGAGAUGCAAUUUUAAACGGCCAAAGGCAUCAAAAUACCCAGAAUUUUCUGCUCAGAAUCAACAUGAAGAUGGAAGCUUUCCCCAGGCUCACGGUAUGAAGUUUGUUAGAGAUGAUGAUGAAGCCCAUGAUCAACCUUCUAUCAAAUACAAGAGACAACACCAAAAGGAUGGAACAAAUUUCUGGAGAUGUGUGGAGGAUGAUCUGCAUCAAGUUGAUGGGUCAAACACAUGGAACCAAUUCGAGUUUCAAGAUUUUCCCGUUGUGGGAGGUAAGAGUCCUCUCUCCCAGAACCCACAAGAGAGUCAGAGAUGGAAAGAGGAAAUGGCAAUGAGGAGCCUAUAUAUUUUAAGGCAGAGGGAAAAUAUUGAUGAUCUUAGUUCUGGUAGCUUUAAAAGAAGGUUAGAGUUACUGGAGUCUACAGAUGAUGAGGAAAUAGUUGGGUGGUUUGGACAGGAGAAAAGGAUCGAAACAGGUAAGUAUAAAUGUGAACCUGAGAUAUGUAGACAAUGAUUAAAGAUGAAUAUAUUUGUUGGUUACUUGGUUGUAACUUACAAUAAGUUAUUUGCUAU